UACACUAUAUUGCCAAAAGUAUUGGGACACCCCUCCAAAUCAUUGGAUUCAGGUGUUCCAAUCAUCUCCAUGGCCACAGGCAUGCAGACUGCUUCUACAAUUAUUUGUGAAUGAAUGGGUCGCUCUCAGGAGCUCAGUGAAUUCAAGCGUGGUACCGUGAUAGGUUGCCACCUGUGCAAUAAGUCCAUCCGUGAAAUUUCCUUGCUACUAAAUAUUCCACGGUCAACUGUUAGUGGUAUUAUAACAAAGUGGAAGCAACUGGGAGCAACAGCAACUCAGCCACGAAGUGGUAGGCCACAUAAAAAAUAACAGCGUGUUCAGCGCAUGCUGAAGUGCACAGUGCACAGAGGUUGCCAACUGUCUGCAGAGUCAAUAGCUAAGGACCUCCAAACUUCAUGUGGCCUUCAAAUUAGCACAACAAUAGUGUGUAGAGAGCUUCAUGGAAUGGGUUUCCAUGAC